UGGAAGCAAAAUGGCGUCGGGCAGUGGGUCUAAGAAUGAUUUUCGGCGCAAAUGGGACAAAGAUGAAUAUGAACAGCUGGCCGAGAAACGCCUUACGGAGGAGAGAGAGAAAAAAGAUGGCAAGCCUGUGCCCCCCGUCAAACGGGAGAAUCUCCGCCACAGAGAUUAUAAAGUGGAUCUGGAGUCAAAACUGGGGAAAACUAUUGUCAUUACAAAGACCACACCACAGGCUGAGAUGGGGGGAUACUACUGCAAUGUCUGUGAUUGUGUAGUAAAAGAUUCCAUAAACUUUUUGGAUCAUAUCAAUGGCAAAAAACAUCAGAGAAACCUGGGAAUGUCCAUGCGAGUGGAGCGUUCUUCACUGGACCAAGUUAAAAAACGUUUUGAAGUAAACAAGAAAAAAAUGGAAGAAAAGGAGAAAGAGUAUGAUUUUGAGGAACGAAUGAAGGAGUUGCGAGAGGAGGAGGAGAAAGCAAAAGCCUACAGAAAAGAGAAGCAAAAGGAAAAGAAAAGAAAGGCAGAAGAAGAGCUCAACUUUGAAGACGAUGAUGAAAUGGCUGCUGUUAUGGGAUUCUCUGGGUUUGGUUCUUCCAAAAAAGGCCAUUGAUCUAUUUCUCUUUUACCUGUUUGCUUACCAACUCCUUUUUUGAAUGGGUAUUCCUAAACGCCAAGGUCCUAUGUCACUGAAAAGUGCAAGAACAUUUAUUAUUCUUUUUCAGGACCACAAAGCUUUUUUUUUUCUUUUCCUCCACACAUGCUGUUAAAUACUCCUGUUUUAGUAAGUGCGGAAAAGCCUCUAGUUGGCAAACCCAUUUUGGGCCCUUGAUCAUAGAAUGUCAUCAUAAUAGCAGCAUUCAGUCAGUUUAAUUUAAACUCCUUAUUAUAAUUAGGUUGUUUUAAGGUAAUUGUUGUAAAUAGGGAUGCAAACUGCAUUUAUUCUUUUGUGAGUUGAGUCGGAAGUAAACCUUGUACUCCUUCUGCAGAAUGGAAAAGAAAAGGUUAAAGCACCUUUUGACCUUAUUAGUAGACAAGAAUUUAAUACAUCUAUUCAAUGGCAGAUCAGGAGGAGCUGUGUCAUGCUGUGAAAAAAUAGUGAAUACACCGAUCAGCCACAACAUUAAAACCACCUGCCUAAUAUAAUAAAAGUCCCCCUCGUGUCGCCAAAACAGCACCAACCCACAUCUCAGAUUAACAUUCUAAUAUGCUUUUCCUCUCACUACAAUUGUACAGAGCGGUUAUCUGAGUUACCAAAGACAUUGUCAGUUCGAACCAGUCUGGCCGUUCUCUGUUAACCUCUCUCAUCAACAAUUUAUUUCCAUCCAUACAUCUGCUGCUCACUGGAUGUUUUUGUUUUUGGCAUCAUUCAGAGUAAACUCUAGAGACUGUUGGGUGUGAAAAUCCCAGGAGAUCAGCAGUUACAGAAAUACUCAAACCAGCCCGUCUGGCACCACAAUCUUGCCACGGUCAAAAUCACAGAGAUAAAAAAAAAAAUCCAAGUCUGAUGGUUGAUGUGAACAUUAACUGAAGCUCCUGACCCGUAUCUGCAUGAUUUUAUGCACUGCUGCCACACGAUUGGCUGAUUAGAUAAUCACAUGGAUGAUUGUUGGUGCCAGAUGGGCUGGUUUGUGUAUUUCUGUAACUGCUGAUCUCCUGGGAUUUUCACACACAACAGUCUCUAGAAUUUACUCUGAAUGGUGCCAAAAACAAAAACAAUCCAGUGAGUGGCAGUUCUGUGGAGAGCAAUUCCUUGUUGAUUAGAGAGGUCAACAGGGAAUGGCCAGACUGGUUCAAACUAACAAAGUCUAUGGUAACAGAUAACCAGUCUGUACAAUUGUGUUGAGAAAUGUAGCAUCUUAGAAUACUAAUCUGAGAAGCGGGUUGGCACUAUUUUGGCAGCACGAGGAUGACUUGCACAAUAUUAGGCAGGUGGUUUUAAUGUUGUGGCUGAUCGGUGUGUGUACAUGUUUUUUUUUUAUAACUGGACUGAUGGAUUGUAAUAUUUUGUGGUUAUUUUGCAUUAAAGCAAUGUUUA